AUGGUUUUAUCGUUGCAAAUAGUUGUUGCCGAGCCCAUGGUUUUAGAUGGUGGCUCCGACGGCAAGGCAAAGAAGGCUCCUACAAAGAAGGGGAAGAAGCUCAACUUGGAAGGGCAAGUGCUGAUAACCAUGACGGUCAAGAAUGUAAGCAAGAAGUUUAUAAAAUCGUUCAUGAAUGUGACUAGCAGGAAGUCGAUUAAACCAAUCACACCGACUCCCCACAAUCUCAGGACACACAAGUUAUCCUUCAUAGAUGAGGUCAUUCCGACUAUGAAUGCAGCUACCAUUCUCUAUUAUCCAUUUAAUGAUAAUAUUAGACGCGUAAUCAACUUGGAGAACUCACUGGCACGAGUCUUGCCCAAAUUUUACCCUUUUGCUGGAAGAUACAUCAAAGAGAAUCAGUUGGUUGACUGUGGUGAUCAGGGCGCUGAGUUCGUAGAAGCUCAAGUGGAUUGCAAGCCUCAUGAAAUUAUUGGGUCCGACGAUCUGAAUGAUCUCCUUCCAGUGGAAGUUGGUGCUGCUGACGAUGUCACUGACCCUAUUAUGUCCAUUCAAAUAAACAAAUUUAAAUGCGGUGGUGUAGCCAUUGCUACCUGCAUUUCACAUAGGAUUGCUGAUGCAGCUACACUAGAUAUCUUCUUAUCUGCGUGGGCAAAGGCCAGUCGAGGAGACAAUGGUGAACCCAUUACCCCAAAUUUCGAUUCCUCAUUAUACUUUCCAGGUCAGAAUGUAGGUACUCCUGAUUUUGGAAUUAUGAGGACUAGGAAUCCUACCGUUGUAACCAAGAGGAUUUUGUUCGAUAGCUUGGCGAUUGCAACUCUAAGAGAGAGUUAG